AGACGUGUUUUAUGCCACUUCUUUUUCCGUCUCACUUCGUCCACCAAACUUUUAACGUUGUGAAUGAUGUAAUUUUCCACCAAAAAAUAUUAUUUAUUUUUCUUCUGUUUGCGAAUACAGGUCGAUUGACAGCAGCGGCGCUCGAUUCUUACUGCCUGCGGACAAGAUGGCGGACGACUGUCAGAAGUGACACUUUCGACGCUCGCCGUUUUCUCUUCAUAUUUCUGGGAAGAAGCACCAGGCCGAGAUGGGUUUAACGCAGAGUUCGGGAGCGUCCGAAGGCGGCACGUACGGCUACCACGUCCACGGUGUGCAACUGAAUUCACCUGCAGAAAAGUGUGGACUGCUGCCCUUCUUUGACUUCAUUCUGUCGCUGGAUCACAAACGACUUAAUGAGGAAAACGAUCAGCUCAAGGAGCUCCUGAAAGCCAAUAUGGAGAAAGCGGUGUGCAUGGAGGUGUACAGCACCAAGACGAUGAAGGUUCGGGAACUGGAGGUGGUGCCCAGCAAUAUGUGGGGAGGACAAGGCCUGCUGGGGGCCAGCGUCCGCUUCUGCAGCUACCAAGGAGCCAAUGAGAACGUCUGGCAUGUGCUGGACGUGGAAGCCAGUUCACCCGCCGCCCUUGCAGGGCUCCGUCCUCACACUGACUACAUUGUUGGCACGGAUCAGGUAUUGCAAGAUUCAGAAGACUUCUUCUCGCUGAUUGAAGCUCAUGAAGGGAAGCAACUGAAGCUGUUGGUGUACAACACACAACUGGACGGCUGCAGGGAGGUGAUGGUCACCCCAAAUGGAGCUUGGGGAGGCGAGGGCAGUCUAGGUUGUGGCAUUGGGUAUGGCUACCUGCACAGAAUCCCUGCACCUCCUGAUCUAUCCAUACAAACGCCCACCGGCCCUCCUCCUCCUCCUCCUCCACCUCCUCCCCCCGAGGAAGGAGCGCCUGCAGAGCUGCCUAACCAUGGCUUCACAGAGGCACCAUUGAUGGCACCUUCAAACCAAAGUGAGGAGGUGUUGGACUUGGAGCAGGUGACCCUCCAGGAUGCUCCUCUACCUCCACCCAUCCAACGCGUCACAGACCCUGCCUUGUUUGAGUCUGACGUCGCCAUGAUGAGCCCCGAUCCCGCUGAUCUGUUGGACAGGUUGGACGUGUCCGUGUCGUCCAUCGACAUGAACGACACCUCCCUGGCCAUAAAGGACGAAAGAGACAACGAGAUCUCUGGCGUCGGGGAGCUUGAUGGAAGUGAUCUUCAUCCUGACUCAGCAGACCCUUUGGUGUCCACGGCGCUCACUUCUUCGAUGACUCAGCAGUCCGAUGCGGGCGUCUCUUAUCCGGAUUCUGCGCACCUGCAAGACUCCCUCUGCGAGUCGGGUUCCAGCCCCAGUCCACUCUAUCCUCUUAUAGACCUACUCGAGUCGUCCAAUGAACAACCUCCUUGUUCCCAUGCCGCUGACGACCUUUUGCCCUCGCUCCCAGGUGAGUCACUGGUCGCCCAGCCGCCUUCUCAGGACACGAUGGAAGACGCGCCCAAAGAUGAGAGUCCUGCUCAUCAGUGUGAGCACGAGGACCACGAGCACGGACUGCAGGAGCCGACAUUUCAGUAAGGCCACAUCAGGAGGAACUGGCUUCAAGUAGAGGUUUUCUGUUUUUUUUAAUGUGAGCCAAUCAAGUUACUGCUGUAUCGUCGCCUAAUGCAAGGCGAUACGGGUCUGAACAUGCCGAUUGUACAGGCGGAUACUAUCACAACUAUUACAGUAGGGAAGGGAGUCAUACGGCCCACAUGUCUGGUUGAGAGGAAGCGGGGGUUAAUCAUUAGGCAAUGCAGUCUGCUGAAAAUGAUGGAAAGCACCACUGCACAUAGCGACAAAACACAUUUGAAGAUAUUCAACAGUCCAAACCUUUUCUAUUAAGGGGCGAAACACAGAAAAAUUAUAUUUUUAAUUUUUAAUUGUUAUAUUGUUGCGUUCGGACCAGAUGUUCCUCCGAUGGAAUUUAAGUUGCUGGUCAAUCCCAAGUUCUUUUGAUGACACAUAAGCUGAUUUUAAAUGAUAACCCAGAACAUAAUAGGUAUUUUGCAAUUUAUGCCAAAGCUUUGGAGAGACCACCCUAAAAAAACAACACAAUCAAUUCGCAUCGCCUAGUUGAUCUGAAAACCCUACGGACGCGCUGUCUUCUUCACUAUCUCCCCCCUCCCCCACCUACCGGAACAAAUCCACAUAUCUGUUGUUCUGCUAACCCUGGGGCAGGGAGUGAUAAGAAGGGAGUAUGGCUACUCCUCACAUCCCUACAGCUUCAAGGUUAACACAUGCAGUUUACUAGCGUACAACCAAAAAGAGAACAAAUGGAAAAACACUAGCCGUUUUCAAAUAUGACAAUGAAUAUAAAUAAAUAACUCUUAAAUAUGGAUAUAUGUAGAUAUCUAUAUCCGUCAAAACCCACACAAUAUAUAUUGUAACCCUUGGGGCUUCUCUUUUGGGGAAUGUUAAAGGUCCAAAAGGGUCUCACUCAUGAAAAUGUUAAAAAAAAUGUUGUUUAACUUUCAACACUUAAAUAUCUAUGAAUCAACUCCGGUUCUAUCCGUCGACAAUAAGUUUUAAAUAUUUUGAAAAUCUCCCCCCAAAAUGUUCAAAGUUGAAUAUUUGAUGAGAAAUCAUUGGAGUGUCAAAUAGAACAAUAAUUCACAACAUUGAUUUUGAUUCAUUAUUAUUUUUCCAUCAGACUAAAGGUCUUAGGGAUCCAAAAUGUCCCUAAAGUGCUAAAAAUAAGUCGUAAAUCAUUAUUUUUUACGUUCAAUGCUUAAAUCUCAAGAUCAACUUUUGAUUAGUCUGUUUAUUUUAAGAAACUAUUUUCGAGCAAUAACAAAAAGACUAUACAAACUUUGCAGUUUUGUUCUAUUGCUGUCAAUAUCACACCUGUUCAAAUCUUUUAAAUUCCACUUUUAAUGUUUUUUUGGGGGGAAUAGUCAUUUUAAGAUGUGUCGCAAAUUGUUGAAAACCUAACUCCGGGCCGCACCUUGGACUCCCCCGUUCUGCCAUCUAGCGGCCAAGGUGGAUAGUGCACCCAAAUGUCUUUUUGUCACGUUUCAUGUGUCAGAUAAAAUGCGACCAACUGGGCCAUGUGACUCCCCUCCCUAGUGCAGUACAACACUAUAAACAUGCACGCAGGUGUGAUGCCACCAAGUCUGGGCUUGUGAUUGGACAGCAGGUGUGUGCACACAGACUGAGGUGGAUGGAGGAGGGUUUUGAAAGUGUCGGUGAUGCAACUCUUUUUAGUUUCAAACACCUUUCUGUAGAAAUAACCUCAUUUAUUUUCACUUAAAUUCACAAAUUUUUACAGCUUUUAACCCUUCCUGCGCAACAUGAAAUGUGAUCUAUGCAACAUUUGUCCCAUACUUGACUUAAAUACGUUUUUGAAAUGGCAAUUAGGUGAUGUAGUUACGGGGCUUGUUAUUCUGAGGGGGCGUGUAUUUAUUGUUCUAAAUAGCUGCUUUAAGUAAAAGGAAGUAUUUUUGCAAAUAUUGUAUAUGUUUGUUGUUUCUUUUUAGGAACGAAUGGGCUCACUGUCAAAUGGGGUGAAGAUUUGAUAGUAAAAAAAAAAAUGGAACACUAAAA